AAGAUGGCGGCUCCCGCGACUGUGUCUGAACAGCACGCUACAGGAGUUUCACAACCCCCGGUGUGCCUGUUGGUGUUGGGAAUGGCAGGAUCGGGAAAAACAACUUUUGUACAGAGGCUUACAGGAUACUUGUAUGGCCAAGCCCGUCCACCAUACGUGAUCAAUUUGGACCCUGCUGUGCACGAAGUUCCUUUUCCUGCAAAUAUUGAUAUCCGUGACACUGUGAAGUAUAAAGAAGUCAUGAAACAAUAUGGACUUGGACCCAAUGGUGGCAUAGUGACCUCCCUCAAUCUUUUUGCUACCAGAUUUGACCAGGUGAUGAAAUUUAUUGAGAAGACCCAGAACAUGUCUAAGUAUAUUUUGAUUGACACACCUGGGCAGAUUGAGGUAUUUACCUGGUCAGCUUCCGGCACAAUUAUCACCGAGGCCCUUGCAUCCUCAUUUCCAACCGUUGUCAUCUAUGUAAUGGACACAUCGAGAAGCACCAACCCAGUGACCUUCAUGUCCAAUAUGCUCUAUGCGUGCAGCAUCCUGUAUAAAACCAAGCUGCCUUUCAUUGUGGUCAUGAAUAAAACUGACAUCAUUGACCACAGCUUUGCAGUAGAAUGGAUGCAGGAUUUUGAGGCUUUCCAAGAUGCCCUGAAUCAAGAGACAACAUACGCCAGUAAUUUGACUCGUUCCAUGAGUUUGGUGUUGGAUGAGUUUUACAGCACACUCAGGGUAGUUGGUGUCUCUGCUGUUCAGGGCACGGGCUUAGAUGAACUCUUUGUGCAGGUCGCCAGUGCUGCUGAAGAAUACGAAAGGGAUUAUCGUCCUGAAUAUGAACGCCUGAAAAAAUCACUGGCCAGUGCACAGAAUCAGCAGCAGAAAGACCAACUGGAACGCCUUCGGAAAGACAUGGGCUCUGUGUCCUUGGACACAGGGAUGGCCACAGACGCUGCAUCUUCUGUGAUGGACCCUUCGGACUUGAUCUUGACCCGAGGAACCUUGGAUGAAGAAGAUGAAGAAGCAGACAGUGAUACUGAUGACAUUGACCACAGAGUUACAGAAGAAAGCCAUGAAGAGCCAGCCUUUCAGAAUUUUAUGCAACAAUCAAUGGCACAAUACUGGAAGAGAAGCAACAAAUAG